CUGCCUACCUAGGUACCCAAGAGAUUCCGAGCUGCACAAUCAGAUUAAUCAUGAGACAGUACUUUGUAGACCUCAUUAAGGUAUUGCUCUUGGCAUUCACAAGAACGGAAGCGUGUGACGAUGUCAGGCCACUCAGGCCUCCCACGAUGAUCUCUUACCGGCAAUUCCAUCGAUUCUAACAUAUAACUGUACCCCAUCACCCAAAGACUGCAAACCAACAUACUAUACCAUGGAGACUAUUGCAAAGUGCUAUCCACCACUCGAUGAGCGCAAAGCCAUACCUGGCAUGUAUUUGCCUGGCACAUUCGCUUUAACACUUGUGCCAUUUUUCUCCGCUCAUCGCAGACGGACAGCCCUCAUUGUACUUCCCUUCCUACUCUCACUGUGCCUGUUGGCGCCCUGUUACACCUUUGGCAAUCCCUCAGCAGACUUCUACCGGAGCUCGGGCUUUAUUAUCAUGCCGAUCUGGUUCAUCGAGUUCGCUGUCCUCAGAUCCCAGGAGGGAGACACUGCACCAGUAUACGUUGGUCACACUGCUCAAUCUGAUGGUACAAUUCCGCGACGGAUGGAGGACUGCCCUAAUGGAUUAUCGAAGCUACGUUGGGUUGUUACGUUGAUGGUGCCUUCACACCGAGGCAUAGGGUGGAAUUGGCAGAUCAAGAACGUUCCUUCAGACCCAAACGGUCACUUGGCACGACUGGCUUGGAUCAAGCUUCAGACUCGAAAAGCCGUUGUGUCAUACAUAGGAUCCUUACUCAUGCUGACCAUUCUUGGCUUCAUGUCUGCCAUUGAAGAGCAAUCCCAAGGCAGCCCCUCAAUAGAGCUUGUCGUGGACGCAAUCAUUGGCUGGACAGGCGCGAUCUGGAUCUACUGUCGGUUGUGCUGCUUUUACAGCACAUCAUCAGUCGUAACGGUAGCACUUGGUAUAUACGAGAUUUGGCAGCUUCCGCCGCUUAUGGGGGAUCUGCACAAUGCCUGGUCGGUGAGGCAGUUCUGGGCCACUUACCAUCAAACUAUGCGACUGAUGGUGUCGCAGCCUGCUCUACGUAUUACACGAGCUCUUGGUCUGCAGAAAGGUACGAUUGCUUCUGCACUCAGCCAGCUUUUUCUGUCAUUCGGCAUCAGCUGCAUCGUACACCAGUACCAGAUGUUCAACGUCACACGCCGAGACAUGGGUGAAUUUGCAUUCUUCAUGAGUCAGCCAGUAGCAAUCAGCUUGGAGGGCGUAGGGAAGUGGCUUUGGGAUCGACAUGGCACACCGCGCUCCAGCACUGCACGGCUAAGCACCCUCCUUGGUUAUACAUGGGUCUUUCUCUGGUUUUCGUUGAGUCUUCCGAUCUAUCUGAAGGGUAGCAGAGACGCAGGUAUUGUUCGUGAUCUCUUCUUCGGAACCACGCUAUUUGAUAUGGGAGGUUCCCUGGCUAGAUCGCGUGGAUAGUACGGCAGUCCAAUGAUUGGGACGAGGGCAAGGCAUGCUUUGCCCUAACAUUCUCCUAUAGUUGACAAGAGCACACCGAACUAUUCACUUUCCCGUCAAUUCCACGUGUUGUCGUAGAAGACAGCUUGAAAUGCGGCGGCCCCAGAAUUUGAUGCAUUCGCAACUUUCUCAUUGAG